UCUUUACAUAAACACACAUUAUAUAUAUCAAGGUUCUUCACUGGCUACUAGAUAUUCCCAUUGAUACGAAACUCAGACUGGAUCGAUUCCAAAUCUAGGUCAAAUUUCAAAGAGCAGAGCCUUAGCUACGAUCAGAGAAGAAUCACUUCAAUGGCGUCCAAGAUUGGAUUCGUUGGGCUGAGCGACUUGAGCUUGGAAAUGUCUGCUUCGCUUCUCCGCCAUGGUUAUGAAGUCCAAGCAUUCGAGAUAAGUGAGCCUUUCAUAAAUGAAUUUUUGAAGCAAGGUGGAAUUAGAUGUUCCAGCGCAGUGGAGGCAGGAAAAGAUGUUGUGGCUUUAGUUGUGUUAAUAUCUAAUGCAGAACAUAUUGAUGAAGUAAUUCUUGGCAACGACGGUGCUUUAAAAGGUCUGCCAAAGGAUGCUGUCUUCAUUCUUCAUUCGACCUUAUUGCCAUCGUACAUCCAGAGACUGGAGAAGUCUUUUACAGAUAAAUAUGAGACCGCCUAUUUUGUAGAUGCUUAUGUUGCUAAGGGAAUGUCUGAAGUAUUGGAUGGAAAGAUUUUGAUUACUUCUUCAGGAAGAUCAGAUGCAAUUGCAAGGGCACGACCUGUUCUCUCUGCAAUGUGUGAGAAACUUUACAUUUUUGAGGGCAACGUUGGUGCUGGAAGUAAAAUUAAUAUGGUCAAUGAACUACUUGAGGGUAUUCAUCUUGUUACUUCUAUGGAGGCAAUUUCACUUGGUGCCAAAGCGGGAAUCCAUCCGUUGAUAGUCUAUGAUAUCAUUUCCAACGCUGCAGGGAAUUCAUGGGUUUUCAAGAAUGAGGUUCCCCACUUGUUGAAGGGUAUUACCAAACAACAUGACCUGAAUACUUAUGCUCAAAAAUUGGUUACUAUUCUGGAUCAGGCAAAAUCACUUGUUUUUCCCCUCCCACUUCUGGCAGUUGCUCAUCAGCAAUUAAUUCAUGGAUCUUCAAUUGUUGGAGAUGACGAAGAUGCUUCUUUUCUUAAGGCUUGUGAAAGAGUAUUUGGAGUAAAUAUUUCAGAUGCAGUGAAUGCUGAAACUUACAGCCCCGAGGAGCUAGCAAGGCAAAUUACAGCCAGUUCAAAUUCUGUAAACCGGAUUGGUUUUAUUGGGCUUGGAGCAAUGGGAUUUGGCAUGGCAUCUCACCUCUUGAAAUCAAACUGUUCAGUCGUUGGUUAUGAUGUAUAUAAACCAACACUAAUGAGAUUUGCCAACAUUGGCGGUUUGAUUGGGAACUCUCCGGCAGAAGUUUCAAAAGAUGUCGAUGUGCUUGUAGUCAUGGUCACAAAUGAAACUCAAGCUGAGAAUGCUUUAUAUGGAGAUUCUGGAGCUGUUUCAGCUCUUCCUUCUGGAGCAUCUGUCGUCCUUUCAUCAACCGUGUCUCCUGCAUUUGUGAGCCAACUAGAGCAACGUUUGCUAAAUGAAGGCAAGAAUUUAAAACUGAUUGAUGCACCUGUUUCCGGUGGUGUUAAGAGAGCCUCCCUGGGAACAUUAACGAUAAUGGCAUCCGGUGCAGAUGAGGCUCUCAAGAGUGCUGGUUUAGUUCUGUCAGAACUAAGUGAGAAGCUUUACAUUAUCAAAGGAGGUUGUGGGGCUGCAAGUGUCGUAAAGAUGGUCAAUCAAUUGCUUGCUGGAGUUCAUAUAGCAUCAGCAGCUGAGGCUAUGGCAUUUGGAGCCCGAUUAGGUCUUAAUACGAGGACAUUGUUUGAUGUCAUCACAAGUAGCAGGGGAACGUCGUGGAUGUUUGAAAAUCGUGUUCCACACAUGCUGGAUAAUGAUUAUACACCUUAUUCUGCACUCGAUAUCUUUGUGAAGGAUCUGGGAAUUGUUUCUCGUGAAUGCUCGUCUCGAAGAGUUCCGCUUCAUAUUUCAACAGUUGCACACCAACUGUUCAUCUCAGGUUCUGCUGGAGGUUGGGGACGGCAAGAUGAUGCUGGUGUCGUUAAGGUCUAUGAGAACAUAACAGGCGUAAAGGUUGAGGGAAAACUUCCCUUGCUUAAAAAGGAAGCCAUCUUGGAAUCCCUUCCAUCUGAGUGGCCAGUAGAUCCCAUUUCUGAUAUACAAAGACUAAAUCAGAACAAUUCAAAGACUUUGGUCGUUCUCGAUGAUGAUCCGACUGGAACACAAACUGUUCACGACAUUGAGGUGUUAACUGAAUGGAAUGUUGAAUCGCUUAUUGAGCAAUUUAAAAAGGCCCCUAAAUGUUUGUUCAUUUUAACCAACUCCAGAGCAUUAAGUUCGGAGAAGGCCAGUGCAUUGAUUAAAGAGAUAUGUAGGAAUCUGCAUACUGCUGCUGAAUCAGUCAAGAAUGCUGAUUAUACAGUAGUUUUGAGAGGGGAUUCAACUUUACGUGGUCAUUUCCCAGAGGAAGCUGAUGCAGCUAGUUCAGUAUUAGGUGAGAUGGAUGCAUGGAUCAUUUGCCCCUUUUUCCUUCAAGGAGGCCGUUAUACUAUUGGAGAUAUACACUAUGUAGCAGAUUCUGAUAAGAUUGUCCCUGCAGGAGACACAGAGUUUGCAAAAGAUGCUGCUUUUGGCUACAAAUCUUCAAAUCUCCGUGAGUGGGUGGAGGAGAAAACAGGUGGCCACAUACCAGCCAGCAGUGUUGCUUCCAUUUCUAUCCAGCUUCUAAGAAACGGUGGACCAGAUGCUGUUUGUGAGCAUCUAUGCAGUUUGCAGAAGGGGUCGACAUGCAUAGUCAAUGCAGCUAGUGAAAGAGACAUGGGUGUCUUUGCUGCUGGAAUGAUUAAGGCAGAAAUGAAAGGAAAGCGGUACUUAUGCCGCACAGCUGCCAGUUUUGUAUCUUCGCGUGUUGGAAUUGUUGCAAAAGCUCCAAUUUCGCCAAAGGAUCUAGGAAUAAACAAAGAAAGGAAUGGUGGUCUCAUUGUUGUGGGAUCAUAUGUCCCGAAAACCACAAAACAGGUUGAAGAGCUUAGACUGCAAUGCGGCCAGAGUUUAAGAAGCAUUGAGGUCUCUGUAGCUAAAGUUGCUAUGGGAUCUAUAGAAGAGAGGGUAGAGGAAAUCGCAAGAGCAGCUGAGAUGGCAGAUGUUUUCCUUCGGUCACGUAAGGACACUCUAAUAAUGACCAGUCGGGAGCUCAUCACUGGAAAAACUCCCUCUGAGAGUUUGGAAAUCAACUUUAAAGUGAGCUCUUCACUGGUGGAAAUAGUUAGGCGGAUAACAACAAAACCUCGUUAUAUUCUCGCAAAGGGUGGAAUCACUUCAUCCGACACUGCUACAAAAGCCCUUGAAGCAAAAUGUGCCAAAAUAGUGGGACAAGCCAUGGCUGGUGUUCCCUUGUGGCAGCUAGGUCCUGAAAGUAGACAUCCAGGAGUUCCAUACAUAGUUUUUCCUGGCAAUGUUGGUGAUAGUAAGGCACUGGCAGAGCUAGUGAAAUCUUGGGCUCGUCCAUCCCGGCUUUCAUCAGCAAAAGAGCUUCUUCUUAAUGCAGAACAGGGUGGAUAUGCUAUUGGUGCCUUCAAUGUUUACAAUUUGGAAGGAGUGGAGGCAGUUGUUGCUGCAGCUGAGGAAGAACAAAGUCCCGCCAUCUUACAGAUCCAUCCCGGUGCUUUAAAACAGGGUGGGAUUCCUUUGGUUUCAUGUUGCAUUGCCGCUGCGGAACAAGCCAGUGUGCCCAUCACUGUCCAUUUUGAUCACGGAACUUCAAAAGAAGACAUGGUCGAGGCACUUGAGUUGGGACUUGAUUCGCUUAUGGUAGAUGGUUCACAUCUGUCCUUCAAGGACAAUGUCUCUUACACAAAGUUUAUAUCAGUUUUGGCGCACGCAAAGGGGAUGUUGGUGGAAGCUGAACUAGGGAGAUUGUCAGGGACAGAAGACGAUUUGACUGUUGAAGAUUAUGAAGCAAGGCUGACCGAUGUUAAUCAGGCUCAAGAGUUCAUUGAUGAGACCGGAAUAGAUUCUUUGGCUGUGUGUAUCGGUAAUGUCCAUGGAAAGUAUCCAGCGAGUGGUCCAAAUCUGAGACUUGACUUGCUUAAGGAUUUGGAUGCUUUGUGUUCGAAUAGAGGAGUCUUUCUGGUGCUUCACGGAGCUUCUGGCUUGUGCAAGGAACUUAUCAAGGAAUGCAUAGAGCGGGGCGUGAGAAAAUUCAAUGUAAACACUGAGGUGCGGAAGGCUUACAUGGAUUCGCUUGGAAGUCCAAAGAAAGAUCUUGUCCAUGUUAUGGCAUCAGCAAAGGAAGCAAUGAAAGCUGUAAUUGCAGAAAAGAUGCGUCUCUUUGGUUCAGCAGGAAAAGCAUGACUUUAUGAUCGAGUGCUACUUCUCUGUUUGUCCUUUGCUUUAUGACAACCUGUUUAGUCAUAUUCUGUAUUUUUUUAUUGCAGAAAGUCGGGAUUCAAAGUUCCUAAUGAUCAAAGGCUCGUUAGAAUAAUCUGAUAUCUAUUGUUAUCCAUGUUAGCGUUUAUGCCCUUUAACGAAUAAAUGUAACAAUGUUAUUUAGACAUUCUGAUAUCAAUAAAGGAUUAUUAUUUACUUAUUUUA